AUGCAUGUUCUGGAACAUUUUGUGCUGUCGCACUACACCUACGAAGGACAUAAUUGUAAAAAUGCUUACAAAAAGAAUGUGCAAGUACCCACCUGUCCUCUGUGUGAUAAACCUGUGCCUACCCCAAAAGGAGUUUCUCCGGAUGUUCAAGUAAAUGAGCAUAUUCAAAACAAUUGUGCUCAAGGUGCGAAGAAGAAAAUCUUUGCGAACAGAUGCACCGUAAAAGGGUGUAAAAAGAAAGAGGUCAGUUCUUUUCGCUGGCAGCUCAUUCCGCCUUGUCCCAUCACUUGUCCCUCAUGCCACCAGAACUUCUGCCUUGGUCAUCGCCACGAGAUAGAUCACAACUGCACACAAGUCAAGGGCAGUCCUGCUCUCUCAAGAGCUGCAGCUGCUGCUAUGGCGAGAAACCAAGGAGGACAAAAUUGUGCUAGCCAAGCGAGGAGUUCGCAAAUGUCCGAAGAUGAAGCUUUGGCAAGAGCCUUAGCAGAGUCUAUGAAUGAUGUCAAUAUCAGCCCUGAAGAGCGAGAUAGAAGGUUGGCUGAACAGCUGCAGGCUCAAGAGUAUGGCCGCAACCCAACUGGCCAGCGCAACACGAGAGCCGUGCCUGGUAAUUCUAAUAACUGCUCUAUAUCAUGA